AUAAAACAGUUGACAACAGUUCUUGCACCAUUUUCCAGGUGCACUACGUUCUUUGCCGACUUUUGACCUUGAAAAGACUGUCCUUCACGGCUUCGUAAUAUCAUGGACAUGGGGUUGCAAAAAAACAUUGUAAAAUGCAAAGCAAUAUAAAUAUGCACAGCAUAUGCAACAGGUCUCGAUGCGUAAACGGACAGUGUGCGAAGAUAUGACAGCUUUCUGAUUCACAUCCCGGGGAACCGAUGCUGUUUGUAUGCGUGCCGAGUCUGCACGACGUGUGUGCAUUGGCUGUGUUAGUGUGUCUAUUUAUUUGCGAAAGUAACCGGACCGAUCGACCCAGGCACCACGGACUGCAGCUGUUAACGAACGAUCGGCGAUCGUGGGCCACACAACACACGACCAACCGCCGCUAACCACCAUUACUCGGGCGGGUCUCGUUUUGCUUCCUCCAGUGCGUAUCGCCGUCCGCUUUCUGCCGUCAUACUGCAUGGUAGUCGUGUCAGUCCGUCUUAAGAUGGUCGACGAUUGUUACGAUCGCCGCUGCUGGUAGUGUGUGAAAGGCGGCAACCAGAAACUCGACGACUGCUGCUACUGCUACGUGUACGUUGCCGUCAUUCGCGUGCGUUUGUGAACACCUGAGCCCAGCUCAGGCAAGUUCCUGUCCCUUUAGCUCGCCAAAAGAAGAAAAAAAGCACGCACGCACGCUCCCCCUAUGUGAUUUGGGUCCGCUAAUACACGUGUGCUACUAAUAUACAGUGUACGAUCAGGUGAAGUGAUCUAAAGAAGCAUGAUUAGAAACUCGCCCACGAGUGUAUGGUGCGAAUCUUUAUCUAAAUCUCACCGCGCUUUCCACGAGCAACGUGCCACGGCGGGAGAGGGCCGCCAGUGAAAGCAAACAACUGUAGAAGCGUUUGCAGUACACCAUUUCACCGUGAAUUCCUGCGCCCCAACUGAAGUGUGCGCGGGGCUGUGAAUGGAAGGAAGUACGAAAGGAAUGCGGUUUUUGUACGGAUCCGCCGUCCGGUGGCGUGGAUCAGCGUCUAGCAUGAGGAUUCUGGCCAUGGUGUUGCUGUUCGCGAUUGUUUUAGACAAUGCUGCAAGUCAAAAACCAGAAGACGGGCCUUAUCGGGGGAAAUACAUAGGUAAGUUUAACUCCUACCACCAUCAAGCCUCGGGAGACGUUUAUGCCGUUGACGAAUACACGUUCCUACUGACCGGCUUCAACUACGACGGUAAUGGUGUCGACACGUUCUUCUGGUCCGGUGCAAGCAAUCGUCCCGGGCCGCAAGGUUUUAUCGUACCGGACGAGUACGGAAAGACAAAUAUCCUAGAACGUUACUUCAACAAAGAUUUCACGAUACGCCUUCCGGAUAACAAAAAGAUUACGGAAGUGAAAUGGUUGGCCGUGUACGAUCUGAACUCGCAGAACAAUUUCGCCGAUGUGUACAUUCCGGAAGAUUUUGAACCGCCCGUACCACAAAAGGCGGGCAGUUUGACGGCCAUUGCUGGUGGACCAAUGGUAUCGAGCGAUACGAUCGACAUUCUCGACUCUAAAACGAUCCGCAUCACCGACUUCAGCUACGACGGAAAAGCUGAUACCCAAGCGGAGGUCCAUUUCUGGGUUGGCGUUGGUCCGUCACCAUCGUCCAAAGGUAGCAAGGUACCGGACGAGAUGGGUUACCUUGAUCCCAUACGUGCGUACGAUCGCGAAACGAUCACACUGGAGCUGCCGGGUGAUAUGACAAUCUUCGACAUCGAUUGGUUCAGCGUGUACGAUGUGGUGGCGCGCCGAGAUUACGGCUCAAUUCUGAUUUCGGACGAUCUUAACGUUCCGCCGUCGCUGGUGCGCGUUACGCCCCAUACCGAAUCGCUGCCGAACUGCCGCCAGCUGCACAAAGAUUAUCGCGUUUCAUGGGAGGUGUUCGGGCCGCAAAUUACAAUCCAACUGGCGGGAAACGUACAGCAGGAUGAAUAUCUAUCGUUCGGGCUGUCCGGCUCGGAACAGCGCAGCCAAAUGCUUGGAGCGGACGUGGUUGUCGCCUUCAUCGAUGGGCACCGUGGAUAUGCGGUGGACUAUAACAUCACCUCACUAGCGCCAUGUGUGCAGGUGCUCGGCCAAAACAAGGGUGUAUGCCGGGACGAUGUUGUUGGUGGGCUGGACAGCUAUCAGCUGCACACGUUCACUCGGGAGAACGACAUCAACACGAUCACCUUCCGACGCACACUAAUUUCUUCCGACUCGGGCGACAAGGAGUUCCUGUUGGAUCGCCCAAUGUACGUAGUGUGGGCGAUGGGUCGUCUCGAUUCUAACAAUGAACCCACCUACCACGAUGUCUACCCGAAACGAAAUGUGCAGGUCCACUUCAACACCUCCGAACCGGUCAACGAUUGUUUCAGCUUUACCAGCCGCGAGGCAAACCUGAAGGAUGUGUGGGAGCGACAGCAGAUUUUCGAUCGCUCGGUCCGAUCAUUCACGGCCACUCUUGGCCCUGCGGGUGGGAAGCGCGGCUACCAGGGCAUUACCGGGCAUGUCUCUAACGGUCUUGCUUGGUACAUCAAUGGAUUCCUUGUACCGGAACUGUGGUUACGACGUGGCCUUACCUACUCAUUCCUUGUACGCGGCGGCAACAAUCCGCACUCACCGGAGUUCUACCAUCCGCUAGUGAUCACGGACGAACCGCACGGUGGUUUCGAUCGGCUGUCCGAUGCACGGCAGAGCGAAAUUAGAGUUCUGGCAGGUGUUGAGUUUACGCGCCGUGGACGUCCGAAACCGAUUGCCGCCGGCCCACUUUGCCUUGCGCGCCAUCCAGAAGGACAGGAUCGACGGUUGGAUGAUAAUUUUGCGACGUUCAAAAAGUUUAACCGCACACUUAAGUGGAACUGCGAUUCCGGCGAACCGGCUGUGUUAGAAAUAACGCCAAACACCAGUUGGCCGGACGUGGUCUACUAUAACAGCUUCACCCACGCGAACAUGGGCUGGAAGAUACAUAUUGUCGAUAGUUACAGCCAAUCAGCACGUAAUCAUGGCACGAGGUACAGCUUUAAUCAUUCGAUUCGGUUACUUCUUAUCACGGGUAGUCUCGUCGUUUGGACAUGGUUACAGAAAUAAAUAAAGAAAAAA